GUACAUCUGGAGGCCAAGCAUCAGGGCCAGCUUGGCCGCCAGAGUCUGUUGAGGGUUUGAGCCACCCUCUGUGACUGGCAGGUCACUGGAGGGAAUAUUCUGGGCUCCUUGCACAGCUUGAGCAAAAGUUCAGGGAGGGGACAGAUGCACGUGUCAGUGAUGUCUAGAAUUUGAUGGCCCAUCAGUCAUUUACACCUUAGUAUGAAUGAGCUGCUCAGACUCUUCCCACAGGCCCUUAAUGGGGAAAAGAGAGAACAAUUUGAAGCCCACACUGGGUGCUGGGCAACAGGCAGUUACCUUCAUCAGCUGCCGCAGCGGGAACCGCAAGAGCCUGGUGGUGGGAACGCCUUCACCGACCCUUUCCCGGCCCCUCUCACCUCUGUCGGUCCCCACUGCAGGCAGCAGCCCCCUGGAUAGUCCCCGGACCUUCUCAGCUGCGUCUGCCGUCAGCUUCCCCUUUGCCCGGAGGGCUGACGGCAGAAGAUGGUCCCUCGCAUCCCUCCCGUCUUCUGGCUAUGGAACCAACACGCCCAGCUCCACCGUCUCGUCGAGCUCAUCCUCCCGGGAACGCCUCCACCAGCUUCCUUUCCAACCGACACCAGACGAACUGUGUUUCCUGUCCAAGCAUUUCCGCAGCUCAGAGAGCAUGGCUGACGAGGAGGGCGGCCACCGCUCACCCCGCCUUCGCCCCCGCUCCCGCAGCCUCAGCCCGGGACGCACGACGGGGACCUUCGACAACGAGAUCGUCAUGAUGAAUCACGUGUACCGGGAGAGAUUCCCCAAGGCCACGGCGCAGAUGGAGGGCCGCCUGCGGGACUUCCUUGCUUCCUUCUCGCCCGGCGCCCGGCUGGCACUGGCUGACGGCGUCCUGGGCUUCAUCCACCACCAGAUCAUCGAGCUGGCCCGCGACUGCCUGGCCAAGUCAGGCGAGGCGCUUGUCACCUCUCGCUACUUCCUGGAGAUGCAGGAGAAGCUGGAGAGGCUGCUGCAGGAUGCCCACGAGCGCUCGGACAGCGAGGAGGUCGGCUUCAUCGUCCAGCUGGUCCGGAAGCUGCUGAUCAUCAUCUCGCGGCCAGCCAGGCUCCUGGAGUGCCUGGAGUUUGAUCCUGAGGAGUUUUACCACCUGCUGGAGGCUGCUGAGGGCCAGGCCCGCGAGGACCAGGGCAUCAAGACCGACCUGCCGCGGUACAUCAUUGGGCAGCUGGGCCUGGCAAAGGACCCCCUCGAGGAAAUGGUGCCUCUGAGUCACCUCGAUGAUGGAGGACAGCCACCAGCCCCCGAGUGCCCGGAGAGCCGUGCCCUGGUCGGCGCCUCACGGAGGAAGCCAUGCGAGAGCGACUUCGAGACCAUCAAACUCAUUAGCAACGGGGCCUAUGGGGCUGUCUACCUGGUGCGGCACCGGGAGACCCGGCAGCGCUUCGCCAUCAAGAAGAUCAACAAGCAGAACCUGAUGCUGCGCAACCAGAUCCAGCAGGUCUUCGUGGAGCGCGACAUCCUCACCUUCGCCGAGAACCCCUUUGUGGUCAGCAUGUUCUGCUCCUUCGAGACCCGGCGCCACCUGUGCAUGGUCAUGGAGUAUGUGGAAGGCGGCGACUGUGCCACGCUCCUGAAGAACAUGGGCCCGCUGCCCGUGGACAUGGCCCGCAUGUACUUCGCCGAGACAGUGCUGGCGCUCGAGUACCUGCACAACUACGGCAUCGUGCACCGGGACCUCAAGCCUGACAACCUGCUCAUUACCUCGCUCGGCCACAUCAAGCUGACUGACUUCGGCUUGUCCAAGAUCGGGCUCAUGAGCAUGGCCACCAACCUUUACGAGGGCCACAUCGAGAAGGACACUCGGGAGUUUGUGGACAAGCAGGUGUGCGGGACGCCUGAGUACAUUGCCCCCGAGGUAAUCUUCCGCCAGGGCUACGGGAAGCCGGUGGACUGGUGGGCCAUGGGCGUCGUCCUCUACGAGUUCCUGGUGGGCUGCGUGCCUUUCUUCGGAGAUACCCCCGAGGAACUCUUUGGCCAGGUGGCCAGUGAUGAGAUCAUGUGGCCAGAGGGGGAUGAGGCCCUUCCAGCUGAUGCCCAGGACCUUAUCACCAGGCUGCUCCGACAGAGCCCACUGGACCGUCUGGGCACUGGUGGCACCCACGAGGUGAAGCAGCACCCCUUCUUCUGGACGCUCGACUGGGCGGGGCUUCUGCGACACAAGGCCGAGUUCGUGCCGCAGCUCGAAGCCGAGGACGACACCAGCUACUUUGACACGCGCUCGGAGCGUUACUGCCACCUGGGCUCGGAGGACGACGAGACCAACGACGAGGAGUCGUCUGCAGAGAUCCCUCAGUUCUCGUCCUGCUCCCACCGGUUCAGCAAGGUCUACAGCAGCUCUGAGUUCCUGGCCGCCCAGCCCACCCCAACCUUCACCGAACGGAGCUUCAGUGAGGACCGGGAGGAAGGCUGGGAGCGCAGCAGUGAGGGGGAGUACGGCCGCCGGCUAAGCACUGAUGUCCGGCUGAGGUCCUGGACGUCCUCCGGGUCCUCCUGCCACUCAUCCCUGUCCCAGCAUGAGCGGGGCCCCAGCCCGUCUCUCCUGAGCACCAUCAGCCUAGACACCAUGCCCAAGUUUGCCUUCUCGUCAGAGGAUGAGGGGGCCGGCCCAGCCUCUGUGGGCCCCAAGAAGCCCAUCUUCGUUCUGGGGGAGCCUGACCCGCCCCCGGCAGCCACCCCGGUGACACCCAAGCCCUCAAGCCUUUCUGCUGACACAGCCGCCCUCAGCCACGCGCGCCUACGAAGCAACAGCACUGGCGCCCGGCACUCCACACCUCGGGCCCUGGAUGCCGCCCGGGGCCGCCGCCUGGGGGGCCUGAGAGACCCAGCCCCCGAGAAGAGCAGGGCUGCCCCCGGCGGGGGCCGCGUGCCCAAGUCGGCCUCGGUGUCUGCCCUGUCGCUCAUCAUCACGGCAGAUGACGGCAGCGGCGGCCCCCUCAGGAGCCCCCUGUCCCCACGCUCGCUCUCCUCGAACCCCUCGUCCCGAGACUCCUCUCCAAGCCGAGACCCGUCCCCCGUGUGUGGCAGCCUGCGGCCCCCCGUCGUCAUCCACAGCUCGGGCAAGAAGUACGGCUUCAGCCUGCGGGCCAUCCGCGUCUACAUGGGCGACAGCGACGUCUACACGGUGCACCACGUCGUCUGGAGCGUGGAGGAGGGCAGCCCGGCCCAGGAGGCAGGCCUGCGAGCUGGAGACCUCAUCACCCACAUCAACGGGGAGUCGGUCCUGGGGCUGGUGCACAUGGACGUUGUCGAGCUGCUACUGAAGAGCAGCCACAAGGUCUCCCUCCGCACCACGGCCCUGGAGGACACCUCCAUCCAGGUGGGCCCCGCCCGGAAGGACGUGGCCAAGGCCCGCAUGGCGCGCAGGAGCAAGCGGAGCCGCCGGCGGGAGACCCAGGACCGGCGAAAGUCGCUCUUCAAGAAGAUCUCAAAACAGUCGUCUGUGCUGCACACCAGCCGCAGCUUCUCCUCCGGUCUCCACCACUCCCUGUCGUCCAGCGAGAGCCUCCCGGGCUCGCCCACCCACAGCCUCUCCCCCAGCCCGACCACGCCCUGCCGCAGCCCAGCUCCCGAGCCCCCGGCAGACACCGCCUCCCCACCCAGUGCAUCCCCAAGCUCCAGCAGCCCUGCCUCUCCGGCUGCCACUGGCCACACCCGCCCCAGCUCCCUGCAUGGCCUGGCCGCCAAGCUCGGGCCACCCCGCCCCAAGACUGGCCGCCGCAAGUCCACCAGCAGUAUCCCACCCUCCCCGCUGGCCUGCCCACCUGGACCCGCGCCCCCGCCCCGCUCACCCUCGCCACUGCCGGGUCACCCAUCUGCGCCCACCUGGUCUCCACGGUUGCGCCGCGGCCAGUCUGCUGACAAGCUGAGUGCGGGCGAGCGGCUGGAAGGGGAGCCAGGGCGCCGCAGCCGCGGGCCGGACUCGGAGCUGGUGGUCAUGCGGCGGCUGCACCUGUCCGAGCGCCGAGACUCCUUCAAGAAGCAAGAGGCCGUGCAGGAGGUGAGCUUCGACGAGCCACCAGAGGAGACCGCUGGGCCAGCCGCCUCGGUGCCGCAGAUUGCUGUAGAGGGCGCCGAGGCCGUGCUGGGAGCCCUUGGACCCACCGGGGAGGACUAAGCCCUCCCACCUGGCCCCCCCCCAGCCUGGCAGU